AUGCCACCUAAAAGAAAAGCCAACGGAGCGGCUCCCGGCCAACGGGCCGCCCAGAGACUGCGAUUAGCCACAGCAGCUCCCGAUGCCGGCCCUCCCCUUCUUCCUUCUCCUAUGCUUCCUCUUCCUUCUCCUAUGCCUCCUCUUCCUACCCCAGUCAACCGGUCACUCGUUGGACUUCCGCUUGAGAUCCAAACGCUGGUGAUCGUUGAGUCUCUGGUCGUACCAUUCCCGAACCGCUGCGCUUUCGCCCGGUUUUGCCAGGAUUGGGACAUCUGCAGUCGACAACAAAGUAAGCCCCAACUCGACGAAAUCCUGAGAAAACUAAGAGUGGACGUGUACACUCCGAGCCCACAAGCACUGAGGGUGCAGGCGGGGCAGGGACAUGGAGGAGUAGGAGAACAGUCUUUGGGGGAGAUCGAGAGUUAUUUUGCGGGACACUCGAAGAGAAAAGCGCUAUGUUCCCACUUUCAAGACGGCACACAUGGAUUCGACAACAAAGACUGUGAAGAGUGCGGAUGCGUUCCGUUCGAGAAGACGGUGAUGCACGAGGACAUUGCGGCGUGGGAUUGGGAAUGGGAGGGGAAGCUGGAACGGGGCGUAGAGGGAGGGCCUUGGACUGGAAGGCUCAGGAACGGGAUGGGUUAUCGCGGAAAUGGAAGAGACGGGAAAAGAAGUCCGCCCGAGUGGUGGGAUAGCUUGUGUAAGGCGGCGGAGAUCAAGGGAGAACAUGCCUUCUUGAACAGCAUACGGCAUACGAGCCACGGAAGGUUUUUGUGCAGGGAGGUGAAGAGGGAGAGAGCGAUGAGGCCGGACAGGCUGGUCGUCUUGAAACAAAGGCCAGCGAAGUGGCUCGGAAGGUUCACGCAAAGAUGUUUGAAGAGACGGUUGAUGAGCGGGCUCGAGGGGCUGGUCAGCUGGGGGGAUGAGAUGGUCGGACUCUUGCCCUUCGUUGAAGGGUUCACGGAGAGGUUUGAUGACUCGGGUUAUUUGAGGGUGCACUCAGGCCAGGGACCGUCCUCGCCCAUUUCCGCAGCCAUCAAGGCGGGACCCUUUGACUCAGUAAAGAAGAAUCUGGCUCCAGAAUCCCCUGGCCACGAGAGGCGGUUUCUGUACAGAGAUAUCCGCCACCUCAUGAUCAACUCCAAUACCCGUUGCGACCCGUGGCAAGGUGUUGAUGACGAUGGUUUCGGUAUUUUGCCUCGCACGGACCCGCCGACCGGCACGGCACGGGAGUCUACGAUCGCGCUCAAACACCGGCUGGCUUUCGAGAACAUGGUGCCGUUGUACGUUGACUACCAGGCCCUGACCAAUCUCGAGACCCUCGACCUCGACCUGAGGAACGUUCCCAAAGAAGUCAUCAACGAGAGCCGGUGGCAGACGCAGGAGGUGAUAGGACUAGCGCAAAGGCUCCGGGGAAAGAACCUGCGGCUGCUCGUUAUCGCCGGCCUGCGAACCGGACCUGAUUGGUGGCCUCACGAAAAGGAGCUGACGGCCGAAGAUCUCGUGCAGGAAGCGGUGCAUCCCACCGAAUGGGAUGAGGUCAACUGGUUCGUGCAGUUCAGGGGCGCGCUGAGGCCCGGGGGCAAGCUGCUGCUGGUGGACGCGAACACGGAAGAUCUCGGUCGACGUCAAAGCGCUCGCCAUCACGAAUGGAUCAACGAGAUGUACGAUCAGGAGGUGGAGUUUCCGCGUAUCAGCAACGACGCCUUCUACAAUAGCGCGGCCGAGUUGCACGCGGACUCGGAAGAUGAGGAGGAGGAAGGAGCGGCAGAACGGGGACUUGCAGCACUGGGUGUGCAGCAAGCGCCGGUAAUCGAGCAUACACAUCAGUUAAUGGUCGAAAAUGGAACGAUCACGUUUCUGGAUUUAGAUGGGAAUUCUGAAGAUGAAGAAGAUGAAGAAAGAAGGAGGGAAAGAAGAGGAAGAAGAGGAAGAAGGAGUGGGAGGAGAGACAGAGAGAGAGGGGUCUGGCUUAAGAAUAUGUACGAUGCGGGAAAGAACAACGACACGGUAGUAUUUCUUAUUUUAUUUUAG